AUGGCAAAUAAUUUGCUGCUAAACUCUCCAUCUACAUCACUGACUCAAGCACCAUCUACAACACUACCACUGACUUCCACCCCUGCAACAACCACCAGAAAUUCAUCAUCAUCUUCCAUAUCCUCCUCUUCAACCCUUUGUUCACCCUCACUUCUCAGCCCCUCUUCCGUGCAUACUGUAUCAGGUCUCCAGCCAGCGUCUGCACAAACUGGAACACCUCUAAAUUUUCGCACUGGGCCAGCCCUUAGUAGACUAUUCCAGCCGUAUGUGAAUAUAAGAUCGUCAAGAGCUCGUCACAGGUUAGGCCCUACUGCAUGGGAGCAUGAUUUUUAUUGCAUGGCUAAUCCUUCAUGCAAUACUAUACCCACACCAGAAGAAAACAACAUUUUAAAAUUAAGUGGGCUUGGAAAGAAGAGAGUUCGAUUCGAGGAUAUGAAUGGAUCCUUUGCUGAUUUUACCCGAAAAAUUGUGGAAAUGUUCCCUGCCAUACAAAUGGCAGGUGCAUUUAAAGUCAUGCGUUCAGCGAGGGGUCGUCAAUUGGUUGACAUACCAAUGCCACCAGAAGGUUACAGUAUCCCGUAUCUAAGAAUGGAGAGUGGCCUCAACAAAGCAGUUGCAUAUAUUGUACCAAUUCAAAACAGCAUUCCUGUUGUACGUCAGGAAGAUAUUGCUGAGAAUGUUGUAAUGGAAAGGUGCAAUACUUGUCUCUGUGAGGUGCCUCUGCAUAGGCUCGAAGAGCAUGUUCAUUUAUGCACCGACAGGUCAUCUGCACAAGGGGAAGCUAAUGAAGGGACAAGAAAAAAUUAUCCAUGUCCAGCUUUUAAAUUUCGUGUGGCUUUGUUGCUUGACCACAAUAUGGUGACAUUAAAUAGCAAAUUUGCCACAAAAAUGAAAAAGAUUGACGUUCCUUGCGACAUGCCUGAGGCAGACCUCAAAGAUCUGCUCUGGAAGACUUUUCCUGAACUGAAUUAUAAAGACUUUAGCAUCUGUAGAGUUGACCGAUUCAGACGUGUGUCGGCUCUUACUUUAAAUACUUUAUCUCCAGUGGCCAUUCGUAAAGAUCUGGACCGGUCAGCUCUUUACCUACGGCCAAAGGAGCCACUGGAAUUGUCUAAGGACAGUGUCUCUUCAGAUACACCUGUAGGUAACAUUGCAUCUGGGGGGUCUAAAGUGGAAAAUGUGCAGUUGGAUUCUGAGGAGGAGGAGGAAGACAUGUUACCUGUUGAUGACAUUUCAUCUGAGGGGUCUGAAGAAGUAGAAAGUGUGCUGGUGAAUUUUGAGGAAAAUGAAGACAUUAUAUUUGUCAUCGAUGAAAGGGAUGAAUUGAUGCAAGACCAUCAUGCUGAUGGUAAUGAUGGUGAUGUAAACGUCGUCAAUGAAAGGGAUGAAUUGACGCAAGACCAUCAUGCUGAUGGUAAUGAUGGUGAUAUAAUGGUCAUCGAUGAAAGGGAUGAAUUGAUGCAAGACCAUCAUGCUGAUGGUAAUGAUGGUGAUGUAAACGUCGUCAAUGAAAGGGAUGAAUUGACGCAAGACCAUCAUGCUGAUGGUAAUGAUGGUGAUAUAAUGGUCAGCGAUGAAAGGGAUGAAUUGAUGCAAGACCAUCAUGCUGAUGGUAAUGAUGGUGAUGUAAACGUAAGAACAUUAAUUUGA